UAGUUGUCGCGUUUUAAAUUCAUACUUAAUUUUAUAAUACAUAACGAUGGUAAACAAAGUACAUACCGCCACCUACGGUGAAACGUUCGAGUUACGCCAACUGGCAUCGCAGACUCGAGUCUAUGCCCUCUGGUCUGAUUUUCCAGUUUAAAGAUUUACUAGAAACCAUGUGCCGUGUAUGCUCUGUGCGAAACGUACGACUAAAUAUAUUUUAUACUACAUAGCAUGAAUAAUUACAUCUUCAACGAUUGCCGCAUUUGAUUGUCCAGGUCGGUAAGAUAGUCCGACUUGGGUUACGAACAUUAAUAAGAUCUGCUUCUUAUAACUUGGCUGUGUUGACGGUUGGAGCGAGGACCAUUAUUUCCAUCGUUAAAUUGAAAAACAAUUGUAACGAUAUUCAAAUGGCGCGAGUAACGGUGCUACUCGGGUUUCGAGAAUAGUAAAAUACUGUAGUACUUGAUUCGUUUUUAAAAAGUAAAAUUCGCUUACUGUGAAAUUUCGUUUCUCAGCGCCCUCUGCCGGCUAACCAGAGAUAACUAUACGAUCGAAAUUUCUAUCAUUUGAAUAUUCAAAUAAACGAAAUUUCAAAACAUUGUAUUUAUCGACAGUUCGCAUUAGUUAAAUUGCCGUGUAAUUAAAGUCUAGGGAAAUCGAACGAUCACUUUCUUCUAUGAAGAAAUGUAUAAUUUAUCAUGAAUAUUCAUCGGCCACAAACAUUUAUCGAAUUCUUAAUUGAAUCGUUAACGUAAACGGGAAUUAAAUGUUCCACGAUGUAAUCCCAGUCGUUGCAGUCGUUGUAUAAUAUCAUUUCUAUAGCUCUUGAGAAAAGUUCAUUCCAACGAUUAUUGGGUGAACGCAUUUCCUUGAAUAGCAUUUGCAAUUAUCAUUUGGUACGAGCAGCGAAGAUUCAAUUUCAUGUACAGGAGGGAUAUAUUAGAGAACCGUGGAACCGUGGGCUUUCGAAACCACAAAAUCCGCCUAGAAUAGCGAAAACGGAUCGAUUACAUUUCAAUUAGAAAGUAAUAAGAGUACUUUGUCCUACUAUUCCCGGUCUCCACUUGUCGACCUUGUUUGCGGUGGUUGCGUCGUUAUGGCGCCAUAACGAACUGUUAAGGUUACAAUACAGAAUAGGCGUCAAGUUUGAAAACGGAAUGAUUGUCGGGAGGAUUGUAUAUUUAGGACUAAUCGUGACGGUGCUAGCGAAUCUGCCUAGUUCAGCCGAGAAUAAUUUGCCCGGUGACGUGAAUUGUCAGUUUGGCAAAAGUUCGCGGAAACAAGUGAACGCGGAACCACUGAACGGGACAUGCUUAAGAGACAUCGUGAUUCGGCUGUCAAACGAGUUUCGCUCAAUCACAGACGCGGAACUCGGUUUGACAUCCUUUCAGCAGAUACUUGAUGCAAUGGAAUUCACCAACAUCACCGGCAGUCUGAACACCAGGUUGAUUUUGUUAGUGGAUAAACUGAACAACAAGCUACUGUCUUAUGUGGAGCUUCUCAGGCAGAGUUACAACGUUGUAAAGUCGAUUUUAGCAAAGAAUGAAGCUCAGUUCGCUUAUUCUGGUAUCGGGGGACUGGACACAAUGUCCGGUAAACUGUCCGAUUUUUGUUCACAGAUAACACAAGUGCUUGGAAUUGUACUGAGAAAUCAAGAAUUUAAAAAUAUUCAUGUGCUGCCCUUCGUAUAUCCUGCGACCGUAUGCGGUCCAUUUAGUUCCGAUCAUAACAUCGGGCCACUUUUAUUGUCUCAGUAUUGCCCAAAAAAGAAUGUACUUCUGUUGUUCGAGCACGGAAUGUUUAUGUCCGAAGGGGACAUUACUUUGGCUCAAAUAACAGCAGAAAGAAUAAUCGACGUAUUGUCGCAGAUGGAUUAUAUUAAUGUCAUAGGGCUUUCUAGCAAUAAUUCUAUAUACUGUAAAGAUGGUUUAUUAAAAGCAACAGAUAUUAAUAAAUUUCAAUUGGCACGUUAUAUCCACAGUUUAACAAGGACAGAGACCAAUGAGACGAUCGAAUUCAAUUUCCACAAACUAGUGGAAAAUGUAAAAGGCGAAGUUGUCUUUAUACAUCUAACGAAUACGCUUAAAACUACUUCGCAUAUAACAAAAAUAAAUAAUAUGAUCGCUACGGGGAAAGUGAACGGUUAUUUAAAAACAAUCUUGAUCCUGUCGGAUCAAGAACCCCAUGUAAACCUGAAGGAACACAACGAUAGCAUAGUAGUUCUGCCAACCCAAAAUAUAUUAGCAUACGAAAUAUCAAAACUAUUUUCUAAUCUAAAGUGUUCUGAAGAGCACAAGAAAGAUUAUUACUUAUCCGAUCCAUACUUUGACAUAUAUAGUAAAACAAUGACAUUGUCUGUAGGUCAAAUUACGGAGAAAGCAUUGAUAUCAUUAGAUAUUCAAUUGCAGAAUUUCAUCGACGAUAUCACAUACUUUAAUGCUGGUUCAAAUGUAUAUCCUAUACUAUUCGACGAUAAAGGUAUAGUUUGGAUUCACAAAGACUUUCCUAGAAUGGAAACAAUAAUGGAACAGCCUUUGAAAGUCAAGUUACAGCACAUAGAAAAUAUUCAUUCCGAGACUGUGACAAUGAUGAUCGAACAAAACGAAGGUGUUGUAAAUGUGAAAACAAGGCUAGGAGAACAGAAAUGGUACAGAUGGAAACAUUUGACAUACAAAAAUUUAAUUGUAUGUUUGGUAUCGGCGAGUAACGAAAGUACAGUAUUUGCAGCAAAAUUGAUACCAAUGUUAUCAACAAACGUUUUACAUCAUCGUCUUGAUCUACUAAUGCAUAGCCUCUCCGAUAAAGGCAUUCUGUGCAUUUAUAAUAAUAAGCUCGUAACUUUAUCAACGGGUGUGGUUUAUCUAUCUCCGUGGUGUUUGCAGUCUCCAAUGGAACAGCUUAAAUUAUUGGAUGGGGGAUCUGCUGUAACCAUGCAAAGUUAUAUGGCCUACUUGAAAGAUUUAACAGGAGUGUUGGCGAAUCCUGGUCUGCAUCAUUCCGUUAAGUCAGAUGUGGCUAUAUUGACUCAAAUUUUAGAGUACUUUAAGGGCAGACACAUGGAAAGUCCAUUAAAUAAAUUUAUAAUAAGGAGGUAUAUCAUUGGAACGAUGAGUGGUGUCUUGGAAGUAUAUCCAGGAAUCAUGUUGGACUCCGGAUAUGAUCCUAAAAGACGAAUGUGGUAUACGAAUGCCUUGGAACAUCCUAGAAAAUUAAUCUUUGCACCGCCGUAUUUGGGUGCCGGUGGAUCAGGAUACGUCGUUACACUGAGCCAUACUGUUCAUCGUAAUUCGAAAACAGCCGCUUACGACGAUGCUGUAGCGGUUGUAUCCAUGGACGUUACAAUGGGAUUCAUUUCUAGGCUUUUGAAAGAAAUGUUUCCCUUCUGCAAUGAAUCCACGGUAAAAUGUUUCUUGAUGGAUGACAAAGGAUACUUGGUGUCGCAUCCUGCGUUACUAGAGCCAUUCGGGAAAGUCGAGCAGCAACAUUUAACCCAUAAAGAGUUGUUAGUUGCGAACGAUAUAUUGAAUCACGAACUCUUCGUGAAAAAGAAAGGGUGCGCAAAUUAUUUGAACGGUACCGUGCAAAGGUACUAUCAAUUUAAUACAUCCCUGAACGAAGUUCUCACGAACAUAGUUCACGGUGAACAUUGCGUCAAGUACCAAGUAGCAGCUGUACCUGGGACCAAUGUAUUUUUGGGCGUAGUCAAUGUGACUUGCAAUUUAUUAAGGUCUUUCUGUCCGUGCAGUAUAACGGAUCGUUCCUGUUUGAAUUGCGAACGGAUGGAGCAAACCGAAUGCGAAUGUCCGUGCGAAUGCGCUUUAUAUUUUUCCAACUGUGCCGACUAUACAACGUACAAUUUACAUGAUCUGGAGCCCUGUUCGAUAUCGCACGAACAAGGAAGUGCUUCGCAGGUGUCUUACACGCAGUCUGUAAAUUUGAAAACGUGUCCCUCCAUCGAUUGCAAGUUAUUCAAGACGGAAAACGAGUGUUUAGGUAUUGUGGGUUGUCAAUGGUGCCACGUAGAUAACGACGGAGAAACGCCUCUGCAAGUUGCUUUCUGUAGCGAUAUGUCCAGGUGCUUCAGGGGAGUUCUCGGAUCUUCCAUACCUCUCAACGAUGGAACAUACAAUUCUCAGUCGACCGAAGAAAUUGCAAUGCGAGAAUGGCCGUCGGUUGGUUCGGUGGCUGGAGGAAUACUCGCGUUUCUUUUAAUAUUGGGAGUGAUGCUGUUUUGUUAUAGGCUUCGUUCGGUACAAUCGGGAUUAGAGCAUCAGUGUUUGCACGUACACACGUCGCCGGAUACGUUGCGCAUGACGCAUCUCGAAGGCGACGCGGAACCCAUAGAUUUGGACCAAACGAAAAAUAAUUUAGACUCUCUGAUAAGGGACGGCAUAGCUCCCAUAUCGCCGUACAGAGUCUCGACCAACUACAGGAAACCACCCGGCGGUGACAGUGAUCACGGAUACAGUACAAUGACGCCACACGAUGAUUCUGAACAGCAAACGUUCGCCGAGCCAUUGCUAGUAGUCGGUAAUAAUACCGAACCUGACCUGAGAAGAAAAUCCGUUUGCCUUCCGUCUCCGACAACUCACUUGGGCUCACCGCACCAUGUUUUAGCUCCGGUUACCGUCCAUUGCAACAUGGAAGCAAAUUAUUGCUAACACCAGAAAUUGCCAACAUCGGAAAGUAAUUGUCGUACAAGGAGAAUUUUAUACAGAAACUAUUGUUCCCUUACGAACGAACGAAUAUUUAGGUUUGCACGCACUACACUCUACAGGGCAUAAUGUAAGGAACAGUUUUCUUGACACGUUCGCGGACGCGAAUGCUACAGCACAUUCAUUUUCAUUGUUCAUUUUCACUGCGGCGCAACAUGACACGAAUGCUGUAACAUUGAAAUGUUGCGAACGUGUUAAUUGGCAAAAGAGUUUAUCAGUUUUAUAAUGUUGUUCAUAAAUGUUUCAUGUUUUUUUUUAUAAUAUACAGUAGCAAGCAAACGGGAGGACAAUUAUUAGAGUAGAGUAGUAACUGUUUAAGGUUGCAUUUAAAUACCUGUAUAAUAGUAUUUUACUGACUCGAAUGUUACUUAAACUACUGCAAGUAUUCAUGACGAUAUACAAGUUUUUCUUUUAACGGAAUUUGUAUUAUUAAAAGAGGCAUAGAAAUUCGAUAUGUUUGUUAUUGAAUUAUGAAGCCGAUAUGGAAACUAGGCCCAUAAUUGAUCAAAUGUUAAUGUAUUUGAUUUUAUAUGUUUUAUAGCAUCUUUAUAAUUAGUAUCAUAAAAAACGCUAGCCAUUAUUUCAUUAAAUUUUAAGGUCACAAUUGUUUGUCAUGUUACAUAUCACUGUAAAUGUGCUCGAAUGUGAUAUAUAUAUAUAUAUAUAUAUAUAUAUAUAUAUAUAUAUAUAUAUACAUACAUAUACGAUUAUUUUAUACAAAGAAAAAGCAAACUGUGCAAUUGAGAAUGCCUCUCGAUCUGUAUUCAUAUGUUAUAUCGUGUACGAUAGGAAAGUUGUGGCACUUAUUCUUUCACGCUGGACGAAAUUGUUCGAAAUUAAAGCGAAUAGUAAGCUUCACAGUUUGCCUUUUAGUGUAUCUUGAAAGUUUUCGACAAGAAUACAAACAUCGCAAAUUGAUUAUUUAUAUAUCGUAUAAGGUACUUAGCAUUAAAUUUGAUAUCAGAGAAUUUAUUGAUUGAUAUAAAAUUCCGUAGUUAUUAAUAUGAAGCUAUUUACAUUUUUAUACAUCACAUUCUUUCUCCUUGUUUCUCUUUUUUCUUUCUCCUUAGAAAAGUGUAUAUUUUUGUACGCAUCGAAGAAUACGAACGUUUCUCUGCAGCUAAACUUAUUACUUAGUUUUGCGUUGUAUACGCUCAUUUAACCGACUAUAUUAAUAUAAUCGUAUCUUGCCAACGUUUUAUCCAUUUGUUGUCAACUGAGAAAUGGAAAUUUGCCCAACUUGUAAAUGCGAGACAAACUACUUUUUGAACAAUUUACACACGUUGUAUAUCAGUAUUUUGAACAUUAAAAUAUAACUGCCGUUAAAAAGUUGUAAUUUUAUUAUUAUCAUAAAUAAAA